GAGAGAGAGAGAGAGAGAGAGAGAUAGAGAGAGAGAGAGAGAGAGAGGGGGAUAUAGGACGGGCAUCACACGGAGGUUUGGCUGCAGACUGGUCGGGAUCCUUUUCGCCGCCUCGGUCGCUUCAGACGCAUCAGGUCCAGCAGAGAGUCAGAGACGACGCUCGGCAUCACGACAGAGGAAAAGGGGGAAAGCGAGACGGAUCGAGACGCCCACAGAUCCCGCGGCUCGGUGGCUACAUGCUCAGCUCUCUUCGGCUUUGAGAAGAACAACCGUACCAAUCAGCAGGAACCAUGGAUUUCGUAAUGAAACAAGCUCUAGGUGGAGCCACCAAAGACAUGGGUAAGAUGCUGGGUGGGGAGGAAGAGAAGGAUCCGGAUGCAGCCAAGAAGGAGGAGGAGCGGCAGGAGGCGCUGAGGCAGCAGGAGGAGGAGAGGAAGGCCAAACACGCCCGCAUGGAAGCAGAGAGGGAAAAAGUACGACAGACCAUCAGGGACAAGUAUGGACUGAAGAAGAAGGAGGAGAAAGAGGCGGAGGAGAAAGCAGCCAUGGAGCAGGCCUGCGAGGGGUCACUGACACGUCCAAAGAAGGCGAUCCCGAGGGGCUGCGGAGAUGACGAUGAGGAGGACGAGGAGAGUAUCCUCGACACUGUCCUCAAGUUUCUGCCCGGACCUCUACAGGACAUGUUCAAGAAGUAAAAGAGAAGCAAAUCAAACGAACCCUAAGUUCAGGGUCCAGUCUGGCCUGGGCCAGGCUGCGGGGCAAAGGGAGGAGGGGAUCUUUGUGUCAGGGACUCUGGGUUGAGCAAACGUUGAAGGUUUGGGGAGAGGAAAAACUGGGGGACUUGAACUGGUUGGGGUAUUUGUAAGCAGGAAGGGUUUGAGUUUAGAUUUGGGGCAUGUAGAAGUUGUUGGGAUUCGGGAGGAGGGUUCUUGCCAAACUGUUAGAGGCUACACACUGCCUUUCUAGAAAUCUUUUACUUUCUUCUUUUCUACUCCUCGACGAUUGCGUCAUUCUUCCCCCUUUUAUUUGCCACAAUUUGCUGUACAACCUUUCAACUGCCACUUAGCACAUUUCUUACAAUUAGUAUGUUUUUUUGUCCUUUUUCUUGUUGUUAUUUUUACACCUGUUCAGAUAAGACAUUUUGAUUGGUUGGCCAUCAUCUGUUGGUGACCAAUGCAGAAGAGUAUUCCCUUAAAAGAAGGGCAGUUGACACUUCUGUCCUCUUGCCUCUGUGGUUUUUCAAAUGUCACUGCCACCAUGUUUUCCAGUAGAUGGAGCAUGUUUUGUUAAUUUCAGUGGGUGUUUUCUACUUUUAUGAACCUGGCGUAGGUCUUUAUAUUAAAAAAAAUAAAAUAAAAUCAGCAUUUGAGUUUUUAGGACAUGUGCCUUCAUAUCAUCUCCUCCAGCAGAGGAAUUGUAAAUGAGGGUUUCAUUUUAAGUCAAACAGGUGUACAGUUGUUGGUCGCAUGCAGGCGCGUGUUCACAGAUACAAAGAUCAGACGCUUUUGGAAUAAUGUAUUUGAUAUUAAUUUAGCUAGCUGGUGUAUUUUUGGGUUUCCAAAAGUUCAAAGCAGGGACUUCUGGAAAUUCCAAAGAUUCAAAGGCUUAAAAGUCUAAAAACGACUUAAAAACAUAAUCCACUGGCCACAAGCUUCCAAAGAUCUGAUUGCUGAAGAAGGUUUUAUUUCGUGCCUACUUUCACCUCUAGUUUUACAAAAGCUAGACUUUCUAGGCCUGUCAGCUAGUUAGACUGCCAUCAUAUGAAAAAAGUAAAACACAAGAUCUUGAACAUGUCGAGAAUUCAUGUCAGCAUAUGAAUUUAAAAUCAAGGUAUCAUCCAUGAAAGCAAACAAGACACUUUGUACAUUGUUUGAAUCCCAUUUUCAAAAAUAAAUCACUGCAGUUUGUCGGAAAGUACAGAUUUAAACACAGCUCAAAGUAAAGGUCGAACCGAGUCAUCAUGAUUUUAGGUAGUGUGGUCCCCAUUGACAAUCAAAGCAUUAACCAUUGGGAAACAGUUGGAGUAGCUGGUACUGUACAUGUUGUCAUUUCCUGUCAUGCCAUCCAUGAUUGGAUAAAAGUGGGUUCUACAUUAAGCACUUGACUAACUGUUGCUUUUAAGUGGCUCUUAAUUUGAACUAUUUAUUCAUACUUUUUUUCCUUUUUUUCUACUUUACAUAUAAGUGCAAGCGCAAGACAAUGUCUGGGUUUUUUAUAAUUUAAUUAUUACUUUUUUUGCAGAUUUGUUUUAGUGCAACCGAAAAUGUGAUUUAAUUCACAUUCCAGCUGAGCUAACAUUCCUCCUCAUCUUUUAAUGCAUAAGCUUACCUUGACCGAAUUUCAUCAACAUCGAGACCAAAGAAAUACUGGUGAGACCUUACUAUUUCUUUUGUCACUGCCGAAACGAAGGCAUGCAUGCCGAGCUCGUUUUCUUUUCUUUUUGAUGUGUGAGGCCUGUGGGAGAAUUUAUCCAUCCCAAAGACCACUGCUAAACUAAAAUGAUACUCUCCUGUUUCCACUAAAGUAUUCCAUGGCUAAACACGACUAGAUAAUUGAACCGUACACUGAGAAAAACUGGUCCGUGAGUUGUCGCAUCUCACUGCCCAAAAAGAGCUCAUUCAGAGUUGCGUAUAUUCUGCAUCCUGCAUCUCUUAAUCCAACAAAAUAUCAUAGUGAUUUGUCAUAUAGCAUUUACGUAGAUGUGCUGUAAAUGGAAACAAUCUCUAUUUAGUGAAACUACCUGGAUAUAUAGACAUUUAUCAAUAAAACAAAGCAUGUUGGUUAUUCCUAAAUGAACCGGUGGCUUUUCAGUGGUUAGUUAUGCGACGAUGUAAGAGUAAUACAUUGUUCCAUGAGUUUGUAACUUAGAAUAACUUAAAGGAUUAAUAAGACUAAUGAUGAAGUUGUCAUAAUCAUUAUAAGAACAUUUUCCUUCUUUUCAUUUUCUAGCUCAGAUAGGACUUUUCACUAGACGAAGCCAUAUUGUUUAGAUUGCAAUAAUUACUUAAAAUGAUGAAAAGAAGAUAUUUCAGCAUUGAACGUUAUCUGUCUCAUAUUUGUUUUCUGGUAAAAAAAAAACAAAAAAACAUACGAAAGAUAUUUGCAUAUCUGUUUGUAAAUCCUCACCAUUCUUGUAUCUUUAAACAUGUAUACUAAUGUAUACGCAAGGAAAAUGUACGUAGAAAAAAGAAGCCAUUGUUAUAAUUGUCUCAGUGUACUACACGUACUCUAAGUGUGUGUUUAUGUGUGUGUGUCUUUCUACGUGUCUGUGACGUGAGACCAUGUCUUUGAUUCAUAUAGUCCUGGUUUAUACUACGUAAAUGUGUCUUUGAACUAUUUUGUGCACAGGCAGAAACUGGGGCACCUCCCUAGUUGUGCCAUGUCUAUAAAAAAAAAAAAAAUUAAUACUUAACACAUUCCUUUCAAAUGUUGAGCAUGCAAAUGUUUGGUAGAGAAGAGAAUACACCAAAUGUCAAAAGACAAAAAAAAAAAAGACAAUUUCCUGUUUCUGUAGGAAUCUCCAGGCAACAGAAUCAUGUGCAUUGGAUCCAGAAGGUUCGGCUGUACGAUGAGCUUGUUGAGUGUCCGAAGUGCUUUGUUGACUGAGUGGAGCUUUGAUGAGGUUUAAGGCCGUGAUCACACAGGAGUUUGGUUAUUCAGCUGAGAUGCUGAGACGCUUAACUGAGGGGCGUCACUACAACAAGCUAGCUAUGCCCCAAUUCCAAAGUAGAAAAAUAUAACAAAAAUGUUGGUCACGGUUCCAAAAAAGUAAAUAUAAAAACCAUGUGACCAGUUGAUCACUUUAAGUUUAGGACAGUUUCUAAAGCAGGUUCCUUACAACAGAUCCCAGCUCUGACUGUAGCCCCCCGCUGCUCACAGUUUAACAUGAAUCCAAUGCUUGUUACCCACAAUUCAGAAUAUUUUCAUGACCUUUAAUCCCAACUUGUACAAGUUCUGCAAAAACACAAACAUCAAACAACAAUUUUUCUAACAACACUACAAAUUUGCAGGUGCAGAGCUCUCAGUCCAUUACACAGCUGUGAACAAAGAUGUUUCCAGCUGCAGUCAGGUGUGUAAAGUGAAAGCCAUCACGCAGCAAAUGUAAACAACUGUAUUGGCUAAAAAGGAAGCAUGUAGGGCAACACACACUAGCAGCGUAUGCUUUGUUAAAUGUCAGUCAAGUCACUGACGGCGUCUUGAUGCACACUCGUGUGUCAGGAUACGGCAAUGUCCUAUGGCCAAACAGCUUCGACUCAAGUUAGUUCAUGUAUGGCCACGAUACCCUGACUGCCUCUUGAGCCUGCUAAAGCAACCAAGACAUGUAAACUCAAACUAAUUAGUCAGAUGAAGAUGAUUUGAAUUCGAUUUUUCCAGCGACCAAGAGACAAACUCGUCCUCUGUGAUCACGGCCUGAAGACGUCAACUCUCAGAUUUAUUAAGGCUUUUAAAAGGAAAAUGGGGGACGUGCAAUUUAAAAAAAAAGAAUAGAUACUUAACUAAAAUAUUUUCUUUUUUUGGUGUAGUACUAAAGAUUUUACUCCGUUUUUAUUUCAGUGUAAAGUGAAUCAUGUAAAUCCCCAUGUCUCUGUAUAAGAGACCAACCUGCAGAGAGCUUUUUUCUAACCCAGUCGCACGGCUCAUAUUCAUAAACUAACCACCCAUGUUGGAAUAAUGCAUGAGCGUCAGCCACAUAGGAUAAAAUGGUUGCAUUGAUUAUGAGUGUGGUAUACUUUGAGUUGUCUGCGGAGAAUCUACUCGGUUUAUUUGAUUUAUUACAUCGACACAGGGAUUUACACAAUUCCCCCUGCACCUGAGGACAGGACAGUUUCACCUACAGCGCCUGGAGUAAGCUUUUUCAAGUAUUGUAUUGCCCCAGGGUGGAUAGGGAAAAGGGGGAACAUAAAUCCUGGACUAGGCUUAAUUCAUGGGCCCUUCAUGGAAACUACAGCCAUACAUCCUCUGUAUGUAAAAUAGUCUCUCAGCGGGACUCGUCUCGAGGCGUCACAGCAUGUGAACUGCCUUUGAAAAGGGCUAUUACCAUGUCAUCUGUAUGUGAGGUUAGUGGUAACUCAUCUGUCGCAUCCGUGCUUGUCCUGAUUUGACGUAUUGUCGUUUUAUUAACUCUGGUUGCAUGAGAUCCUUCAGUGUGGAAAACUGUGUUUGUAGAGCGACAUGUUGUUUUAGAUACAGUCUUUGGUUUUGAUGUACAUUAGUGUAAAAACAAGGAGUUGUUCUUUAAGUAGGGGGUUAUAAUCAAUAAGGAUUAUUUUACAUGGAAUAUAUAAACUGUAUAUUUUCCUAACAGAUCUAGAUGUGGGUGAAUGAGAGGGAAGAAAAACGCAAGUGUAGAUUUUGAAAUGAAAGGCCGCAAAGACGUGAAACAGCUACAUCAUCUCUUGGCAGGUGUUUCCUCUGAAACGUCUCAUCUCUACCCAUUUAUGGGAUGUUUUGUUUUUCGGGGAGACUCAAGCUAAAGAGACUGCAACCGAAAAACUGGAUUAUCAAAGCAUCUUCUGUUGUCAGGAGCACAGAAACAUUCAGAGAUCUGAGAAACAGGCUCGCCUCAGAACUGCCAUUCAAAACCACAGUUCAUCCUCCCUCAAACAAACAAACAAACAAAAAGAUUCUCCAUUAGGUUCGGUGAUUUUCUCAUGACUGUUACAAUAUAUCGACACAAAAGAAUUUACACUGGCAGAGUCCAAAAGAUUUGCCAUGGAUGUUUACUUAUUAAAUAUAACGUUAUGAAAUGCAAUGACUGAGAUGGAGAGAAUAUUUUAGGAUAAAAACUUCCCUUUAAACUUUAUUGUUCAUCCAACUCCAAACGAGGCGUGACUCUUCCUGAACGCAGCGAUGAUGCCAUAACAUUUGCCUUUUUCCUAACAUUUUUAACGUGAACACGUGACUAUUAUUGUUACUGCCCUGCUGAAUCCUGCCAGUAGAUCUAGAGGUGAACACUUAGUGAAUGUUUUACCGAGACACCGCGCCCGUCUUAUCACCAUGUUUACUUUUCCCGCCGGCGGAAGUCGAUGUUUUUGGUCAGCUCCUGUUAGCUGUGAGCACAACUGUUACUGUGAAGAGAAACUCUGUGAUACAUUCCAGUCUUUUUUGGCAUUUUGCACUAGAGUACGUUGAAAUGUUACACUGACAACGUUAUGGCAUCCAAGGAGUCACUGCUAUCAGCUGGCUGUGUUUUAUUUCCUGUCCGCCAGCCAUCGAAACAGUAAAGUUGAAAGGUAUGAUAGGUAAAAAAAAACAACAAAAAAAAAACUUAUCCACCACCAUAGUGACUGAGGUUCAAUACCUGGCAGGCGUCCUUUAAGUUUGGCCACAAGUGCCAACCAACACAUUUGGUGUUGUUCAAAAGUUUGCUGAUGAUGUGUGACCAUGUCCAGCUCUCAGUGGAGGGGCCGGUUAUUAUGUGGAUGUAGACUGGUGACAACAUCAAAAUUGUAAAAGAAAUGGGUGAAUUCCAAAAAAAACGUUUAUUAAAAAAGGGACAAACAACUGAAAAAGGGAAAAGGAUUUUUAUGUGAAUCAAGAGGAUCUUUCGUUUUAAUUCAGGGUGAAAAUAAUUUCAGGGUGCAGAGGUUAAGAAUGUAAAAUAUGAGUUCUUUUGCUAUUUUUUUCCUUAAUUGCAUGUCAUAUACUGUAUGUGGAGCCCAAUCACUGUAAAACUGUCUCAUCAAUGGAAAUGAAUCAUUCUUUUUGGAGAUUAAAUGCAUAACACAAAUAAAAAGGUUUAUAAAAAGCUUA